AUGUAAAAAAAAAGAGAGAGGAGGAGGGGGAGGGAAAACACUAAAGGGGGUAGCUAUGGAGAUAGAACGUUUUCCUGGCUGCUUUCUUUGACAGGUGUUGAGUGGGGUAAAAGUCUUAAAACAGAGUCCAGCAUGUACGCCAAAGGUAAAGGAGCUGUCGUCCCUUCCGAUAGUCAAGCGAGAGAAAAGUUAGCUUUAUAUGUGUAUGAGUACUUGCUGCAUGUUGGCGCACAGAAAUCGGCACAGACCUUCCUGUCAGAGAUCCGAUGGGAGAAGAAUAUCACAUUAGGAGAGCCUCCUGGAUUCCUGCACUCAUGGUGGUGUGUAUUCUGGGAUCUGUACUGUGCAGCUCCAGAUCGACGGGAGACAUGUGAACAUUCCAGCGAGGCCAAGGCUUUCCACGACUAUAGUGCGGCAGCAGCUCCCAGUCCUGUGAUGGGCAACAUGCCGCCCAAUGACGGCAUGCCAGGUGGACCCAUGCCUCCCGGUUUCUUUCAAGGCCCUCCCGGGUCACAACCAUCACCACACUCACAGCCCCCUCCACACAACCCCAACAACCCCAUGAUGGGGCCACACGGCCAGCCUUUCAUGUCUCCACGGUACCCAGGUGGACCUCGCCCAUCACUCCGCAUGCCAAAUCAGCCUCCCGUUGGAGUCCCAGGGUCACAGCCACUCCUGCCAAACAGUUUGGACCCCACCAGACCGCAAGGACAUCCAAACAUGGGCGGCCCGAUGAGGAUGAACCCACCCAGAGGAAUGGGAGGCAUGGGCCCACAGAACUACGGCGGUGGAAUGAGGCCUCCUCCAAACUCUCUCGGCGGUCCUGGAAUGCCUGGCAUGAACAUGGUUCCGGGAGGUCGGGGGCCUUGGCCUAACCCUAACGCAAACUCAAUAGCAUACUCGUCUUCAUCACCAGGAAACUAUGUGGGGCCUCCAGGAGGUGGCGGCCCUCCAGGAACUCCCAUCAUGCCAAGCCCAGGAGACUCGACGAAUUCCAGUGAAAACAUUUACACGAUGAUGAAUCCAAUCGGCCCUGGUGGCAACAGACCGAAUGUAAGUUUGAUUACAGGCUCGGGUGAUAUGGAUGGGUUGCCAAAGAACUCUCCGAACAACAUGGCAGGUAUGAACAAUCCCCCAGGAACUCCACGGGACGACGGGGAGAUGACAGGCAACUUCUUAAACCCAUUCCAAAGUGAAAGUUAUUCACCCAACAUGACGAUGAGUGUGUGAUUCUUCUUUUUUAUUUUGUUUUUAUUUUUUUAACCCGCCCCCCAUCCCACUUCCUGUUCUCCUCAUCUCUGCUGCGUUUGGCAUGUUGUUGUUGUUGUUUUUUAGUUUUUUUUUGCUCGAUCUUCAACUCUCCCCAACUCCCUCAAACACUCUGGGCUGGCGCGGUGGCGCCUUUCAGCCGCUCGGCGUGGCCAUGGAGCGAAGGACGCCCAGUACAAAGCCGAAAGAAAACAGGCAUCAGGCCUUCUGACGGACUCAACCUGCCUGCCGGGCUUCGUCACUGGAUCGGGACGCUAAGGGCCCCUGAUUGAACCACCGUGUGUGUGUGUGUUUGUACAUGUGCGUGUGUAUGUGGGACUGUGCCAGGAAGACACUUCAUAACUAGCUGCUCAUCAGCGUUGAGGCUGGUGGCUUUAUUUCAGCCCUGUUUUCCUUUUUUUUUUUCUUUUUUUUUCUCGGCAAUGAAACACUGAAACUAGCGGUUGUUUUAAUUGCUGUGUACAUUUUGAAAUGGAAAAAGCUAAAGUGGUGACGCUAGGGGCAGGAAUGGUCUCAUUACAAUAUAUUUGUAUAUUAUUGAUAAUAUUAUUGUUAUAAUUUUCAUAAUUGCUAUGAUGAUGAUGUACUCAUAAUUUUAUGGAUUUUCCUGUAAAGGGCACAUUUGUAUCUCAACAACAUCAAUGACAGAAUAAGCACACAUUCAAAUGCACAAUGACACUUCUGUUUACAUGAUUUUAGGUAUUUGUAUGUCUCUUCGUUUGAGUUUGUUUCGUCAGAUGUCUGCAUAUACCUCUUCCUGUGUUCUGAUGUCAUCACUACCGAGAUGUACAAAAAGUGGCUACAGUCACUGGUUUAAUGCACCCGUCGGCUCUGUAUUUAAAGAUUGGAGUUCAUUUCGAAGUCUAAAAGGGUGACGUUGCAUAUUCACUGCCAUCCAUUCUUGCCUUGGUCAUGAACGGUCAAUAACAUUACAUUUUACCAUCCGUUCUGGGUGAUUUGCCGCUGAUAGUUACGAUAUCUUUCGUGUUCAUUGUAAUUUUGCCACUACGUGUUUGCCACGUUGUUUCAGAAGUCUUUUUAGAAAUAUUAUACCCACGUGUUUGUAGCAGUAGUUGGAGGCAGGCUGCUCUUACAAGCACGAGUUUCCUUGUGCUCUAUAGUCCCAUGUCUGUAAAUAUAUCUUUUUUUUUUUUGGUCAUUGACCUUAUUGGUAUUUUCAAUACACUACUUGUCUGUGAAGCUCA